AUGUUGCAGAUAACUUAAAAGCUAAUCAAAAAUUAUUUAGACUUAAUGACUGCAUCUCCGAAAAUUCAAUUGUGGGACUCAUUUUUUAAAGGUGCACUGCUAUUUUAAUUUAUUUUGAGAACGCAUUUCAUUUUUCCGAAAGAUGGUUGGAAUGUUUGGAAAUAUUCAGAUUUUAAAUUAAAUGUUCCAUAUAUCCUCUUGUCAUAUUUAUACUUUGAAAUUUCAGACGCUAUUAAAAUCAUUUUGAUAUUGGUCAACAUUACCCUAUUCAUCUUGAGCUUUUUCAGAGUGUAAGUAGUAUUUUAUUACAAUAACUUAUUAUGGAAGAUAUUUUACAUCCCUCAAGUAGCCAUGUUGGCUUAUCUAUCUGGAAGUAUAGAACUUUCUAUAAUUGGUGUGAUUAUCCUUUUCUCAAUUCUAACUUUUAAUUUAUAUUUUAAUAGAUCCACUAAAUUUAUACACAGUAAUCCUUUUAUUAGGAAAUUUACAUAACUUACAAUAAUUAAUGUUAUUUUGGAUACAAUAUGUUUAAUUGAUUUCGAAUUUCAUUUGUUCUAAUAGAUAAUGCUUCUUUUCCAAGGAGUUUCCUUGUGUUUGGAUGUCAUUAUUUUCAAACCUUAUCGACUGCAAUACAACAAAUUAGCCUUCUAAUAUAAUUUUCUAUAUAGUGCAAUAGUAAUAGUAAACUCAAUUUCUCUGAUAACUAAAUCUGAGGAAAAUAUGUUCUAUUUUACAGUCCUUUUUGGAACUCUGGCAUAUGUUCUAUCUUAUUAAUUGUAUGAUAGGAAAGCAGAUGUUGAUUCUCGGAAUUAAUUUCAAAUUUUAAUUCAAUGCUAAUAAUUCUAUGAUUAAGAAGAUAUUCUACAUUACAUUAAAGUGAUGCAACACAAAAAUAGUUGUAAAAUGCUGCACAAGAACUACAACAAGGUUGACAUAGUAAUUUGUUAAUUAGAAAAUAAAAUAAUUCAAAGUAAAAGACUAAAAUUAGAUUACGAAAUCUUGGAAUUGGCACUGAUUCAUUUUUUGUGCAUUCAUAAAGCUCCACUAACUGCUCUGUGUAGAUUAAAACAAUACUACAACAUUCAUUAAGACCAUUCUAUGUUCUUUAAAAUCAUAUUUCCGAGUUUGCAUAAUUAGUUAUGGACAUCAGUAAGAAAAGUAUAAGAGAAUAUCAAUCAAAUAAUGAAAGCUGGUUCAUAUUAAGAUGAAAGAAUAUUGUCAACGAGAGACAUAUAUGAAGCUGUUUAAGUAAGAGAUAAUUCCAUACCUAUGAUAAUUAGUGUAAUAGAUUAUAAAUUGAAUUAUUGGAGAUAAUUAAUUUCUUUGAUAAACAAUUUUAAGAGACUUUUUCAAGUAACCUCAACUCUAAGUUAAAAAAUCAUCUAGUGUUAAAGAUAGCUUGAAAAAAAUUAUAAAUGUGAAAACAUAGAAGAUAUUGAGCAGCCUAGAACUGUGAUCGAAGUAAUUAUUUUAUUAAUUUAUUAUGCAAUAAUAGUCAAUGAUUAUUAAUAAGCAAUAAAAAUGCAAAAGGUGAUGAAUGAUAUUUUAAGAACGGAAAACUUGGCAGAAGGAAAAUUAUUGAAUGGAAAUAUCAUGGAAAAUAAGAUUUGCUUAUUAUAUUCUAGUAUAGUGAAAUCAUAAGGCCAAAUCGUUAGAAUCAAUACUUAAUAGAUUUCUUAAUUUUGGGGUUAUGAAAAUGAAAUGGAUUUUAGAGAUAUCAAACACAUAAAUUAAUUAAUGCCUGACUUUUUGGCUUCAGUGCAUGAUUAAUACUUAGAGAGAUUUAAAAAGUUAGGCCAUAGCAUAUUAUUUGGAAAGAGUCGAACUGUUUUUCUUAAAGGAAAAAAUAAUUUCUUUAUUCCAGCUGAUAUUACAAUAGACAAUUUCUUUAUAAGUUAUGACGAUUAUAUAAUCACAGCUGCUUUUUCAAAAACCAAAGAGAAAUGCUUAUUUUUGUACUUUGAUUCUAGAGGGAAAAUUUUAGGAGCUAAUUAAUUGAUGUUUAAGUUAUUGAGUUCACUUGAUAAGAGUAUCACUUAAGACCAAUUAUCAUAGGGUUACAUAUUUCAACUUAUUCCCAAAAUAUUUGUUUUGAUUAAUGCUUACAAAACCCAAGAUUCAGAUGUAAAUCUGGAAAGUAAGAUUGUUUUAAAAAUUGGAAAUCCAAUAAAAGGGCAAUUUUAAAAGUUAAUGAAAAGUUCAAAAGGAAAAAGUAAACAUUAAAUGUAUUAUGCAGGCAUAUGGACCACCAUUGAUACUCACGACUAUGGUUAAGCCGGAAAGGAACCACAAUAUAAUAUAGAUUUCAAUCAAUUAGAACAAAUAAAACCUGAUUGUGAACUCUUUGAUGAAGGGUACUAAGAAAGAAUGCUGUAAUACGUAGAUGAUUCUAUUUAAACUACCAAUUAUAAAAUAAAUUGCUAAUUAGAAUACUUAGUUCUUGGAUAUUAUAAAUCAAUACCAUUAUUUACUUUGGAGAUAAAUGACAUAGUUACAUAAACAAAAGAAGAAAAUGAGGAAGAGAUUGUAUCAGAAGAUAUGAUUCAGGAUAUAGAAUUAUCCGAUUUAAAUAAAUCAAGCCAUCAAGUCUUGAGUUCCAUUCAAAAUGAAAGCUUUUAAAAGGUGAAAAUUGAGGAGAAUGAUAAAUUGUAAUAAUAUCCAGAGGUAUCUCUGAUUAGAGGAAAAUACGAUUAAUCAUUUUUUGAUUAGUUACAGGAUUCCUCUAGAUAAAUCUUAGCUCCUUUUUCAUAAAGAGCUACUUUUAAUCUUAUUAAGCAUAAAAGUGUCAAUGACGAUUCAAAGUAUUUAGAGGAUGAUUUUAAAAUCCUUAAACAAUAGUAGGAGCUUAGUUAUGAAUAACAUAAUAAUGCAGAUCAAUUUUAGUAUUCUAAACAUAAAACAGUACUAGAUUAGUUACAGGAAAAGUAAUCUUCAGCAGGGAAAAACUGUCAACUUAAUAAUAUACAAGAUAUUCAAGCAGUUAAUUCAGCUGGAUCAAUUGCUAGGAGAACUAAAAACCAUCAUCAUGAGUUAUUGAAACAAAAGUCUCGUUCAAAAGUGAAACCUAUUCAACUAAGCUUAAUUUUAUUUAUCGAUUUAUUGAUAGUGUUAAGCAUAAUCAUGUUUAAUAUUUUCACAAUCCUAACACUCAAUACAAAAAAAUAAAAUAGUAAUAAUUUAUUAGUUGAAUUGCAGGCUCCCUUUAUCUAUAAUAGUUAUUAUUGUGAAUUGACUUCUCAUGAUAUUAUUUUUAAAUUGUCAUAAAUUUAAGGAAUUGAAUUCAGCCAAGAUUUACUAGAUACUAUAAAAAGUAGAUUUAUUAAAAUCGAAUACUUAUAAAAUAUGUCCAAAUUUUAUUAGGUAUUUUCAGAAAUUGAAGAAGAAGGUAAUAUUUUGAAUUAAAACAUUUCUUUACAUUAUAUUCAUGCACCAGACAAUACAAACAUGACUUUUACAUUCUUUUACAAUCAAAUAAAAAUAUAUUUCUCCCUAAUAAUCCAAUUUUAUUAAGAAUACAAUGUUAACAAUUUUGAUGAUUAUUUCUUUUAGCAAUCCUUAUUUGAGACCUUAAAUUUAAAUGACAGUUCAUAAUUAUUUAGACUAUUGCUUAAAUAAUUAAUUGACAAAUUUUAUGAUCAUAUCGAUAACAACGAUGAAUUAAUUCUUAAUUUAUUCAUCAUUCAAACAAUCCUGUAAUUUUCACUGAUUUUAAUACAAUUCCUUGUCUUACUAGACCUUCUUAAGAUUUAUAGAAAGAUAAUUCAUUUAAAUUGUAGAUUAUAUGAAAAAGAUGUAUUAAUUGCCAUCUAGAGAUUAUAAGCUGUUCGAGACAUAUUAUUUGAUAAAUAUUCUCUGAAUUGGAAAAAGGCUGACUAUAUCCAUAUUGUUUAUUAGCCUUAAACUGAAUAAUAAACUAAGAAUGGAAAAUAAAAUAAGACUACUUUAUUGUCUUCUCGAUUACAGCAACAAAACUUUAAUAUCUUUACAUCAUCAGCAUUUCUACUCGUUCUUUUGCUAAUUAUAUUACUAGUUAAUAUAGGAGGAUUUUUAUUGAAUUCCCAAAAACAAAAAUAACUCAAGCCAUCUUUUCUGUUAACAGCCGAAUUCCAUCAUUUUACAUUACAAGUUGAUUCCAUUUUGAGUAAUGCCAUGCGAAUAAAAAGCCAAAACAUAAUUUUAAGCAAUAAUACUUUGACAAAUAAGCUUAAUCCAAGAAAUCUAAAAUAAGCUAUCAAUUAUUUUCAAGAUGAAAAAUAUUAGAAUCUAAGUGAUUUUAAGGAUUUAGUUGAUUCUUUUCAAUAGAGUUAAAUUCAAAUCAUACAAAUUCUCAUUGAAGAUCCCAAUAUUGACCCUUCAAAGGCUGGGAUUCUGAAUGAAAUAUUUUUCCAAGACUUAUGCCCUUCUAUCUGCCCGAAUUCAUCAAACAUUAAGGAUAAUUGCACAUAUCUCUACAACAAAGGUAUUAUUGGGAUAUACACUAAGAUGUCUAAUUUCCUUACAACUUCAUACAAUUAUGAAUUGGAAAUGGAAAGGAUAGAUCCUGAUUCUUAGGCAUCAUUGGAAGUUUUGAAUUCUGUCGAUUUUAAUUAAAUCUUUGGCAGGUAUUUCACUAACACCAAAAUGGCAUUUGAAAAAUUUGGAAAUGAAAUAUUGAAUCUUACAAUGGGAAUAAUAGAAGACAAUUUUGAAGUGAUUCUAAUAUAUUAUUCGAUCACUGGAUGUUGUACCUUAAUUAUUGUAGGAUUAGCCCUGAUAUAUUUUGCAAAAAUGUAGUAGUAACAAAUCAACCUGUUAAGGUUAUCCUUAACAGUAAUUCCUUUAGAAUUGAUUGAUUAAUAAGCAAUUAAUAUUCUUCGCUAAUUAUGA